CCUUAGCCCAGCGAUUUCAUUUGCAGGUAUGCGAACGCCUCCCCAUCGCGACCCCUCAGAGUGCACAAGUUAUUAGGACACAACAUUCAGGUUUAGGCUCGAUCGGCUUUGCCGAUAAGUCUGCGCCGCGCACGCACAUCCUUCCAUACCCCCCUUUCAGCUGUAUCUGCGUGUGAUUGUUUGCGUUUGCACGUACAAAAUUACGCGUGUUACGGAACGAGGGAUGAUCAUUUCCUCUGCCCGUUCUUCAGCCAUCCUGAAACGGUCGGCCUCAGAUCCCGUCGUGGCCAGGUAUCUGCUGUCCUUGUUCACAAACCUUUUUCACAGCAAGGACCAGCUUUGAUCCGCAAUCGAUCGCUCACACGAGCACCGCCUGGCAAGCAAGCAAGAUGGGCUUGCUUUCUUUGCUUCCGGUCAUUCUAUUCCUGGGUUCUCUGGCGGUGUUCGCGUGGAUAGGCUAUGAAAUGUACGUUUACUCUAAUCAGCUUGCCGACAGGGGGAAGAGACAUCUCGAGAAGAAGAACAUUGUCUACACGAAGGACGGCGUCAAAGUAGGCGUCAAGGACAGGAAGGACGAAGACUUAACGGACAAGUCACAGAGCAUGCUCCAUAAAACGUGGAGUCUGGCGACCUCUCCGGAAUCACGGCCGGACCUGCCCCAUCAGCCUUCGGAUGGCAAAGUCAAGACCACGUCAAGCUCAAGGCCGUCGGCGUCAAGGACAAGUACUGGCACGAGCCAAAAGUAGGGAAUUCUAGUUUCUGGUGAUGAAAAUGUAUGAACUCUCAGGGCAGGACGGCCGAGAGGUGACAUGUUUGGAAGUACUAAAUCCAACGUUACGUCAAUGGUGGAAUGAGAGCAAAUCGGCACGAAAGGUUGCGGCACCGACAUGAGUGAGUAGAUACCCGGCAAAGGCAAUAGAUGCUGGCUGGCGUUGGAUGGAGUUAGUGUCAGCUGUUCGAAUAUCAAGGCUGCUGUGGCUUUACAAGUACAACGCUUGCAAGUUGGUUUUUUUAUGCACGUAGGCCGCGCCAGCCGAGCGACACCAACGAGCAACGUUGGGCAACUUUGCCCUUCUUAUCUUUGGCCUUUCGUGUCGUCGCAUACUUGCGAAUUCCCUAGCGCCUCUUGAGAAAUCGCGGAUCGCGGGACGCGCAAAUCAAAAAGGCAUGUGUCUGUCUCGUCACGAG